AUGUCGGCUGCAACAUCGAUCUUGAGCUCUGGCUCUGAGAAGCUGGAUGCGUGGACUCGACGAGCUCAGCCCAAGGUGGAAAUUGAUCUGGCCGGACAAAACCCUGGUCGUGUCAAUUCCUACACCACUGGAGAGAGCGUUGAGGGCGUUGUCAGCAUUACUGCGGAACAUGACACGCGAUUUGAGGAGAUUGAGAUUGUGUUGGAAGGGCGCUCUCGAACUACGGUAGAACGAGCAUCAUGUCCCGGCCGUACAGGAUCACAACAGAUGUUCUUGAAAUUGCGCCAGCCGAUUGAAGAUGAUGAAUACCCAACCCCUCGAGUGCUGGAAGGUGGUCGUUCAUACCAAUUCCCAUUCACAUUUGUCGUACCGGACCGCCUGCUGCCCCAGGUGUGUUCGCACACCAAACAGAACGCCCACGUAGGACGUUCUCACACCAUGCUCCCGCCAACAUUGGGUGAUCCCAUGCUUGCGAGCGAUGGUAAAACACUGAUAGAUGACAUGGCUCCCGACAUGUCGCAGGUGGCAUACAUCAUUCGGGCAUCCCUUCACCAAAAACGACACGACGGUCAAACAGCCAAGUCUAUCGCCGGAGUUGCCAAGAAAGUUCGCAUCAUCCCAGUCGUGGAGGAAGAGCCCCCUGUCGAGAUCUCCGAAUUGUCGUCUCUCUGCCUGCGAAAGGAGAAGACUGUCAAGCGUGGAACGCUACGAAGCACACUGGGCAGACUUGUCGCCGGAACAUCGCAACCCAAGCCGAUUCAAUUGCUACCCCCAAGCUGCGAGCCCUCUGAUACCGUGAGCACGGUCACGACCGUCAACCUGAGAUUCGACCCUGUUGGAAACGAACAACCACCCCCACUCGGAACAAUGACCAGCAAGCUCCGCUCAAGCACUUUCUACAGUGCCUCGCCAUGGGAGGACUUCCCUCAUGGAACCGGCGUUCCUUUCUCACAAGUCGGUCGUGGUCUAUACAGUGAGGCCGUUCCCCUCUCAACUAUGUGUGUUGCUUCGGCACAAUGGACCAAGCACACACCCGACUCUCGUCGUGAUUCGGCUGAUUCGGCAUCCUCCUCCGACUCUUCGUCAACUGGCCCAUCCUCCACAUUCGCCGGCGAUACCUACUAUACUGCCUCCAUUGUGAUCCCGAUCACACUCCCCAAGAACAAAACUUACGUCCCGACAUUCCAUUCCUGUCUGAUUUCUCGCACCUACUCUCUCGAGCUCUCAUUGACCUACCACACACCCGCGGCAAACAUCAUGACCCCGACAGUCUCCCUUCGCGUUCCUAUCCAGUUCACCAGCCAGAACUUUAGCGAGUCAAUCAAGUCUUCCCUUGGUCUCGUGGUCACACAAGAGGAGUUGGACGAAUUUUUCCAGCCGCGCAACGUCACCUCUCCCACCAACUUCCACGACCCUCCAGUCAGCGAUGUUGUCAUCGAACUCGCUCCCCCUGGGUACUCGGAGACAGUGGGUGUGGCAACUCGCUGA